UCCAGCGUCCCUCCAACCCAUCUUCAUCCCCCAAAACAGCUUCGCUCCGUGAAGACGAUGACGCCUCUCCGCAGAGCGCUCCCGAGCCGUCUCCUCUCCAAGCUUCCUCCUUUCGAGCCAUGGACUCCCCUCGCUCGACUCUCCACCACGACGGGCGACGGAGCCCCAGCUGCAACGGCGGGCGCCACUCCGACGGCCUCGUCUGCGGCUCCGUCCUACGAGAGUUCUCCGCCCAUCGACGCCGGGUCGUCGAUUCGCAAGCCGAUCAGCCUGUGGCCCGGCAUGUACUUCUCGCCCGUCACCAACGCCUUGUGGGAAGCGAGAUCCAAGAUAUUCGAGGAGGCCGGGGAUACCGGUGCCAGCGAGAAUGCUGCGUCGCUGGAGAGCGAACUGGUUCCGAGGAGUCCGUCGAGGAGCAGGACGAGCAUUUUCUACAAGUUUUCGAGUGAUUAUGUGCUCAGAGAGCAGUAUAGGAAUCCUUGGAACGAGAUCAGGAUGGGGAAGUUGGUGGAAGAUCUCGAUGCUCUCGCUGGGACUAUAUGCUAUAAGCAUUGCUCCAGCGACGAUGGCACCACAAGGCCUCUAUUACUAGUCACCGCUUCCGUAGACAGAAUGGUUCUCAAGAGGCCAAUCCGUAUUGACACCGACUUGCAAAUAGCGGGAGCUGUUACAUGGGUUGGGCGAUCGUCAAUGGAGAUCCAACUGGAAGUAACUCAGUCCACAGAAGAAACCCAGAAUUCCUUGGAUUCAGUUGCACUUACCGCCAAUUUCACAUUUGUGGCUCGUGAUUCUAGAACUGGGAAAUCAGCUCCAAUUAACCGUAUCUCACCAGAGACAGAGAGAGAAAAGUUACUAUGGCAAGAGGCAGAAAAAAGGAAUAAAAUGAGGAAAAAGAAGAGAGAAGAACGUAACUUAGAUACUAAGAUAGAGGACUUGUCCAGGCUCCAAGAUUUACUUGCCGAAGGUCGAGUCUUCUGCGAUUUGCCGGCUCUGGCAGACAGAGAUAGCAUUCUGAUAAGAGAUACUUGUUUUGAGAACUCGUUGAUAUGCCAGCCACAGCAAAGGAAUAUACAUGGGAGGAUUUUUGGAGGAUUUUUAAUGCGAAGGGCUUUUGAAUUGGCCUUUUCAACCACAUAUGCCUUUGCUGGUGUGGCACCCCGGUUCGUUGAAGUUGACCAUGUUGAUUUCCUGAGACCUGUGGAUGUUGGUAAUUUUCUCCGCCUCAAAUGCUGUGUUCUGUAUACGGAGCUUGACAAUCCAGCUGAACCCCUGAUAAAUGUUGAAGUUGUGGCCCAUGUGAUGCAACCUGAGCUCAGGUCAAGUGAGGUAUCAAACAAAUUCUACUUUACAUUCACUGUACGUCCUGAGGCCUUGAAUGAUGGAUUGAGGAUUCGGAAAGUUGUCCCAUCCACGGAAGAAGAGGCGUGGCGUGUUCUUGAACGUAUGGAUGCUGAGAGCUGUCAGACUUCAUCCUGAAUGCAGUCCUCUGGUGAAUGAAGCGAAGGCGUGGCGUGUCCUUGAACAUAUGGAUGCUGAGAGCUGUCAGAGUUCAUCGUGAAUGCAGUUCUCUGGUGAAAGAAGCGAACACCCAUGCUUACUCGCAGGUUGAAUGGUAAUUAGUGGGGGACUGAAGUUGAUACUCAAAUGGCAUAAAGUGGACGAUAUGACCAAGCAAAAGGGGCUUUGGAACAUCAGUGUAGUUUGCCUGUCCCACCAAGCAUGUAGCAAAGUGCAAUUCUUUGUUACUACAGAAAAAGUGCCACUGCACGAGUAUGAUGAA